GGGAAGGUCGGAGGUCGGCGCGGUGAUGGCGCAGCACAGCCGGAGCCUCAGCGUGUGAAACCCGCCGCCAAACAUGCCGGCCACGUGGAUUCAUUAAUGGAAGACAUUGAAGAUAUUGUGUCAGCACAAGAUCCAAAACCAAAUGAUCGACUGUUUGCGAGGAAGAACAUUGUACCUCAUGCUAGAAAGAGAAAUAAACACAAACAGGAUGAGUGGACUGAAGAUUUACAGGCUGAUAGUGUUAUUCCUGGUACACAGAAAAUUUGGGUGAAGACUUGGGGUUGCUCACAUAAUAAUUCAGAUGGCGAAUACAUGGCGGGUCAACUAGCUGCUUACGGGUACAAAAUCACAGAAAAUUCAUCCAGUGCAGAUCUGUGGCUGCUAAAUAGCUGCACUGUGAAAAGCCCAGCUGAAGAUCACUUUAGAAACUCAAUUAAGAAAGCUCAAGAACAAGAUAAAAAAGUAGUAGUUGCUGGAUGUGUUCCUCAAGCCCAGCCACGGAUGGACUACCUCAAAGGAUUGAGCAUUAUUGGGGUUCAGCAAAUAGAUCGUGUAGUUGAAGUCGUGGAAGAAACAAUUAAAGGUCACUCUGUGAGGCUUCUGGGUCAGAAAAAGGAAAAGGGGAAACGGUUGGGGGGAGCUCGACUGGAUUUGCCGAAGAUUAGGAAAAACCCUUUGAUAGAAAUCAUUUCCAUUAACACUGGUUGCCUGAAUGCUUGCACGUACUGCAAAACCAAGCAUGCAAGAGGAGACCUGGCCAGUUAUUCUGUGGAAGAGCUGGUAGACAGAGCCAUCCAAUCAUUCCAAGAAGGUGUCUGUGAAAUAUGGCUGACUAGUGAAGACACAGGUGCUUAUGGAAGAGACAUUGGGACAGAUCUUCCAACAUUGCUUUGGAAACUAGUGGAAGUAAUUCCUGAGGGAGCAAUGCUGCGGCUUGGAAUGACUAACCCUCCAUACAUUUUAGAACAUCUUGAGGAAAUGGCAAAAAUCCUCCUUCAUCCUCGGGUGUAUUCCUUUCUUCAUGUGCCAGUUCAAACUGGAUCAGAUAGUGUGCUCAUGGACAUGAAAAGAGAAUACUGCAUAGCAGACUUUAAACGAGUGGCAGAUUUCUUGAAGGAAAGGGUGCCAGGAAUUACAAUUGCUACAGACAUUAUCUGUGGCUUUCCUGGAGAGACAGAAGCAGAUUUCAAAGAAACUCUGAAACUAGUACAGGAGUACAAAUUUCCGAGCCUAUUCAUCAAUCAGUUUUACCCGCGUCCAGGAACUCCAGCUGCUAAAAUGGAACAAGUGCCUGCUCAAGUGAAAAAGCAAAGAACCAGAGAGCUGUCCCAGCUGUUUCAUUCAUAUACCCCAUACGAUCACAAGGUUGGGAAGAGGCAACAUGUUUUGAUAACAGAGGAAUCGUUUGACGGCCAGUACUAUGUCGCACACAACAAGUUUUAUGAACAGGUUCUGGUGCCUAAGCAACCUGAAUUUCUGGGGAAAAUGAUUGAGGUUGAUAUUUAUGAAGCAGGGAAGCAUUUUAUGAAGGGAAAACCAGCGGACAAUGGAAAGAUCCACACUCCUUCGAUUGUCAGACCAUUACUGAAGGGUGAGAUUUCAGGCCUCACAGAGGAAUUCAAGCCCUUCAGUGAGAAUGGUACAGCUCUUCCUGCACAUCAGUUCUGGGGCAGUGAGAACUACUUCAGCGCAAGCCUGUUGCCAUGGAACCUGAAAAGCUCCAGAGUGAAGAUACUGUACAUGGGUCUGGCUGUGUUGACAGUGAUAACAGCUGUAACUAUGGCAAUAUUCAGAUAGGUCCCUUGCUGAAAACUGAGUUGCAUUCUACAUGUAAAGAGAUCCAGGAGAUGUUGUUUCAGUAUAUUUACACACAAUACAGAGAAUAUUUUUAAGGUAUAUGCAAUGGUUGAACAUUGAAAACUAUCCUUUUAUUUAAAUUUAAUUUGUAAAAGCCGCUUUUUUAUUUCUAACAAUGUGUAAAAUCAUGUUUCUGUGUGUAUACCAUGUUAGCCAGCAAGAAGAGUAUUUUUAUUCAAAUUUGAAAUUUACCUCUGAGAUUUUACAUGUACAAGGCUCAAUAAAGCAGUUGUUCUAUUGCCA